AUGGGUCUCAGCAGCAGUAGCGAAGCCAAGGGAAAUUUCUUAGGUUCUCGGCCCCUUUUGUCAUUUGACCCAGCUUUUGAUGAAUUACCACAUUAUGCUUUGUUAAAAGAACUCUUAAUUCAGAUCUUUAGUACACCACGGUAUCAUCCCAAAAGCCAACCAUUUGUGGACCAUGUGUUUACUUUCACCAUUUUGGAUAAUAGGAUAUGGUUUUGGAACUUUCAGAUCAUAGAAGAAGAUGCUGCUCUUGUAGUAAUAGGACCUCGUUUUGUCUUAAAUCUCAUAAAGAUUUUCCAGGGAAGUUUUGGAGGACAAACUUUAUAUGAAAAUCCUCACUACCAGUCACCAAACAUGCAUCGGCGUAUCAUAAGAUCCAUCACAGCUGCAAAAUACAAAGAGAAACAACAAGUGAAUGAUGCACAGAAAAUGAAAAAGAAAGAACCAAAGACUAUUCUUCCACACUAUCCCACUGCUGAUGUUUUUGUUAUACCAGCUGAUGAAAAGCCAAUAGAAAUACAGUGGGUAAAACCAGAGCCAAAAGUGGAUUUGAAGGCAAGAAAGAAAAGGAUUUACAAAAGGCAAAGAAAAAUGAAACAGAAGAUGAACAGUGGCAAUGCAAAAUGA